UAGAGAGGCCGGGGAGGGGAAAAAUAAGGAGAUCGGUAGAUUGAGUGGCUAGAGAAGUCGGAGGUAAGUGGCUGUAGAAGUCGGGCGUACCCGGAAUACUGCGGAAUCGGGACCAUGACUUAUGCUUAUCUCUUCAAGUACAUCAUCAUCGGGGACACAGGUGUGGGGAAGUCAUGUCUCCUCCUGCAGUUCACAGACAAGCGGUUUCAGCCAGUCCACGACCUCACAAUAGGUGUGGAGUUUGGGGCCCGCAUGGUCAACAUUGAUGGAAAACAAAUCAAACUGCAAAUCUGGGAUACGGCUGGGCAAGAAUCCUUCCGUUCUAUCACCCGUUCCUACUACAGGGGAGCAGCUGGAGCACUGCUGGUGUAUGACAUUACAAGGCGUGAAACCUUCAAUCACCUAACCUCAUGGUUAGAGGAUGCCCGCCAACACUCUAGUUCCAACAUGGUUAUCAUGCUGAUUGGGAAUAAAAGUGACCUAGAGUCCCGCAGGGAUGUGAAGAGAGAGGAAGGAGAGGCCUUUGCUCGGGAGCAUGGACUUAUAUUCAUGGAAACUUCAGCCAAAACAGCCUGCAAUGUUGAAGAGGCCUUCAUUAACACAGCCAAAGAAAUAUAUAGGAAGAUCCAGCAGGGUUUAUUUGAUGUCCACAAUGAGGCAAAUGGCAUCAAGAUUGGGCCCCAACAGUCAAUUUCAACAUCACUGGGACCCAGUGCCUCUCAGCAGAACUGUCGUGAUCUAGGGUCGGACGCUGGCUGCUGCUGAACAUCUGACCUGAACUCUUUUUUUUUUUUUUUUUCUGUCUUUCUUUCCUGGAACAGCUUCAGAUCAAUAGGCUUAAAGAAAGAAGUCUUACUUGGUUUGGCUGAGAGCAGCCUCUUUUCAAGGUGUGAUAUUUUGCUUUUCCACUUAAAGAACAGGGAAGAAUUUGAGCCCUUACUGACCUGUCCUCUUUCAGGGACGUGAGCCUUCCCUAUAGAUUGGGGCUUUUUUCAACUUCUUUUUUAAUUUCUAAAAUGUUAGGAUCAAAGUUGAUUGUCAGGGUAGUUCAAAAAUAAACAAUUUAAUAAGCAUAUAUAAUAUGCUCCCCAUCAAGAAUUAGUAGCAAGGGACAAGUAUAUCUGCUUGAACACUUGAGAUGACCAGGAUCUAGCUGGCUUUAGGAUAGUAGAUCUGCUGCAUAGGAAAUUUCAUUGAGUUUUUUAACUUCUUUGUUUUUKGGGGACUACUUGCCACAACUUGUCCACUUUGGACAAGUUCUUGCAGAAAGCAGUUCCUUCUACUUGUUUAAGGAAGCUGAGUGCUUCUCUACUAUCCCAUUGCUGGUUUCUGUAUCUUACUUACCAAACUUGAGAAGUGGAGUUGGUCCUGGACCUGUGGCCACUUAUCCUUACCUAAAGAAAACAUUCAUUUCGUAUUCACUUUGCUUAGGGACCAGAUGUAACAUUGCAGUGUACUUCACUGAAUUGAUCUCUAUUGUUUCAUCAUACUCACUUCUUGACUAGAUAUAUUUGGACUCUAAUCAAGCUUAUUUGCUUAUUGUACAUGGUAUAUUUAUUCCUACUUCUGUACCUUUGCAUAUGUCCUACUCUCUACUAACACUGUACUUAAAGUCCAACAGUUUUU